UGCCGCUGGGGUCACUCAAACCCCCAGAACUGAGCCUCUGCUUCAGUCAAUUCUCUUUGAAGAGGAGCAUGGAAAUUCGGUUAUUUAGUGUUAACAAUAAGAUUUUCAAAGCAAUGGAUGAAGAAACAUUGAACAGGCUUGCAGCAGAGGCUUUGAUUGAAGAGGCAAAGGUUGGGGCCCGUAGAGCUGAAAUAAUGGGCCCCAGUGGCUGGGUAAAACCCAAGGAAACAAUAAACAAACGAUUUCUACGGUCGACGCUGCGAAAUGCAAUUUUAUCCAACAGACAUAGACAGAGGUCGAAGGAGAAACAUUUCGAGACGUCUCCCCACAAAGACAGCAGCCCAAAAAUCGACGAGAAAAUUAAAAACAAGAGGAAAGACUAGUUCAAAAUUAAUGAUGCUGGGUAAUAAUUUAUAACGACAACCAGUUAACUUUCUCAAACAAUUUUUUAAUUAAUCAUAAGUAAAAGUGAAAAUCGAGGACAAGUUCGUAGCAAAUUCUUUCAAAAUUCUCCUAAAUUACCUUAUAAUUUUUUUAACCUAACUUGUAAAAAUUUUCACAGGCACCAAAAUACCACAUACAAAUUAUAUACUCCAAUCCAAUCGCAUUCACAUUUGUCUAAUUAGUCUGAAAGAAAGUUCUCAAAUCGAAUUUUCCACUUUUCACUUAUAAAA